UUUCGCCUUUGCUUUCACUAUGCUGCCUGAAAUUCUACAAUCUUUAUCGCAAACCUAGCCCCAUCGUGUGAGUAAUUUUUUUCCGGAAGCUCCUGUCUUUUCCUUCUUUUCGUGCCCCUAUUUAGUUUUGGUAGGUAUGGAUAACAACAAACCACAAAAUGGACACCCGAGGGGAUUUACACCUGCAACCGAUUCUUUAUUUACCUCACCCCGUUCUGGACCCGGUUUCAGAGGUCCUUUGGCUUCUAGUAGCAGCGACUUUGGCACGGAGCCAAAGAAGGAUGACUGGGGAUCCUUCUGGACACGACUUGAACCAGCCGUGGCAGAACGGGAGCCCGUACAGGAGCCAGAACCUGAGCCUCAACCGGAACCGGAACCUGAAGCAGCGCCAGACCCGGAGCCUGUAUUCGAACAUGGACUGCCUGAUGAUCCACUCUACAAUAAAUGGAACCAUCUCAGUCCUAAAGACAGAAAGAAACGAGAGAAAUCGCUGGUAAAAAAAGGGUUACCUGUUCCUGGGAAGGACUUCACAUGGCCUCCUCUAGUACAGGAGCCUAUAAUAGAGGAACCAGAGCCGGAGCCAGAACCUGUUGUGGAAGCCGUACCAGAACCGGAACCUGUCCCUGAGCCUGCUGCUGAAGAGCUCGAGCCUCAAUUUGAAAAUUCCGCCCAACCAGACCCUGAGCCAAAACCAGAAAGUCCGAGGCUAGCCUCGUUCUCUCCUCAAUCGGAGAGAAACUUCUGCACCCAAACUACAGCCACGGGUUCCAGCUUUCUCCUUUCAUUGCUAUCAAACAUCCGAGAUAAUGGCGCAUUUUCCGACCUUAUAAUUAAAUGUGGAUCAUCAACUUUUAAUACACAUUGUUGUAUCGUCUGUCCACAGUCUGACUUCUUCCAAAAUGCUACGAAGGAUGGAUCAAAAGAGGUCACGAUUAUUGAUCACCCUUUAGUCAUCAAAAGAAUGCUUGACUAUCUCUAUCAGGAGGACUAUGACGACUACGAGCUCGCCAUCGAACUACAAGCCCAAGGAUACCUGGUGCACGCAAAUACGGCCAGCCAGGAAUGUGAAGUGUUACAAAUGAUGGCGUGCGUUGAUGGACAUAAUGGUCCCACAGCCCCUGCCCGGAACAAUAAACGAACCAAGGCAUAUGCCAAUGCGAUGAUGUAUGUUACUGCCGCCAAAUACGCCAUCAGAGGGCUUGAGGACCUUGCCGAGAAAAAACUAGUAUCAAAUCUGAUACAUGAGUGGAAAGAUGCGGACUUUAUUCAACUUAUUGAAUAUGUGUAUGGGCCGCAUACUCCCACAAAUCCCAAAUUGCAGGUUGUUGUAGCAACAUCUGCUACCCGUCAUAUUUCCACUCUUCAAGAAUUCCAGCCAUUUCACAGAGUUCUCAAGGAGUUCCCUCAUUUCAUGUACAUAUUCUCAAGCCAGAUGAUGGAAAGGGUGGUUCAAUUGGAGAAGGAACUUUUGUAGGCCUUUAUGUUUUCCUAGACCCCAUGAGUGAUAGAAUCUUGUAGCAAACGGGGUAAUUUUCAGCAAUAUAACACCGAAAGGUAUCUUCGAGGGGCUCGACUUCGCUCAGCUCACCAUGAUGGCUACUGAAGAAAAAACUGAGAUAAAAUAUCCAAGCUAAGUCUUGUCUUUGUUCGGUUAACGCAUUAAAUAAUAGAUUUUCCGACUCAAAAUUUCGAACAGUACUCUCGCAGCUCGGAGCUCUAACUCUCGUCGCGGCUUGGUUGUGCUAAUUGAUCCUUCCACUACUGGUGCAUCUCCAAAGGAGGGUUUAUCUGCCAAAACCCAUACAAGGUCCCCAGAGAGUGCACUUCGCAAGGUCGGGUGGACCGCAGGCCAGGGAGGCCAUGGGUACUAGGAUCAGCGGCCUAUGCUGUC